AUGGCUGAGGCUAUCCUGGAGGUUGUGCUUGAGAAUUUGAGCAAAUUCCUUGAGAAUGAGCUUGGCUUAUUUCUGGGUGUCAAUCAAGAGAUGAGAAGACUCAGUGGCACACUUUCAACAAUCUGGGCUGUGCUUGAAGAUGCCGAGGAAAAGCAAGUCACUGACAAGGCUAUAAGAAAUUGGCUGCAAAAGCUGAAAAAUGCAGCUCACUUUCUUGAUGACAUAUUGGACGAGUGUGCAACAGAAGGACUUCGAUUUCAGUAUGAAAGACAAAAUUGUAGAUCAACAAACAGGGUAAGACAUUCUUUCUUAUCCUCAUUGCAUCCAGUGAGCAUUCUUUUCCGCUACAAAAUUGCUAGGAAAAUGAAAAAUAUGAGGGUGUUGUUGGAUGAAAUUGCUGAUGAAAAGCGCAAGUUUCAUUUGUGUGAGACAGUUAUCCAGAGGAAAAAUGAAGUGAUGGAAUGGCGUCAAACCGGUCCAGUUAUUUCUCAACCUCAGCUCUAUGGAAGAGAAGGAGAUAAGGAAAGAGUUGUGGAUUUUUUGGUCAGUCAGGCCUCAAGCUUUGAUGGUUUAUCAGUGUAUCCCAUAGUUGGGAUGGGUGGACUGGGAAAAACAACUCUGGCACAACUUGGGUUCAAUGAUGAGAAGGUAACGAAACAUUUUCAGUUGAAGAUCUGGGUAUGCGUUUCACAGAAUUUUGAUGUUAAGAAAAUGUUAAAAGCUAUCAUGGAAUCAGCCAUUGGGCAUAGCUGUGAGUCGCUGGAUUUAGAUCCCCUGCAGAGAAAAAUUCAAGAGACUCUUCAAAGAAAAAGAUACUUAAUUGUUUUGGAUGAUGUGUGGAAUGAUGACCCAGAGAAAUGGGAUAGGCUGAAAUGCGUCCUGUCUUGUGGAUCAAGAGGUUCCUCCAUUAUUGUCACAACUCGGCUAGCAAGGGUAGCAUCCAUCAUGGAAACCCAGACUUCUCAUCAGUUAUCUGGUUUAUCCAUUGAUGAUUGCUGGGAAUUGUUCAAGCAACGUGCCUUUGGACCAGACAAGAAAGAACAUGCACAGCUAGCGGACAUAGGAAAGGAGAUAGUGAAAAAGUGUGGUGGCGUGCCUCUUGCUGCAAAAGCAUUAGGAGGCCUCUUACGCUUCACAAGGGAGGAGAUCGUGUGGCUCAAUGUCAAGGAAAGCAAAUUGUGGAAUCUGCCGCAGGAUGAAAACUCCAUCUUAUCCGCCUUGAGAUUAAGCUAUUGGAACUUGCCAUUCAAAGUAAGACCUUGCUUUGCCUAUUGCGCCAUUUUCCCCAAAGGUAAAGAAAUUAAUAAGCAUUUGCUAAUUCAACUUUGGUUGGCUAAUGGGUUCAUAACACCCCACGGAAAGUUGGAUGUAGAAGAUGUGGGCAAUGAGAUGUGGAAAGAAUUGUAUUGGAGAUCAUUUUUCCAAGAUAUUCAGACAGAUGAAUUUGGUAUCGUUGCAAGUUUCAAGAUGCAUGAUCUGGUUCAUGAUCUUGCCCAAUCAGUCAUGAGAGAAGAAUGUCAUAUUCUGGACAACACAUGCUCUGGUGAUUUGUCAGAAAAAACUCGCCAUCUCUCUGCUCCUAUCUAUCGACUGAGAAGAUCUCAUUUUGGUUUGUCAGAAAUACCCAAAUCUUUGCGCACCAGCUUGCAUGUAUCAAAUGCAGUUUCUUCUGUCUCCCUACUGAUGAAAUGUACUUCUUUGAGAGCCCUUCAUGAGAGUGGCAGUGAGACAAUAACAGAUUUGCCAUCUUCAAUAGGGAAUUUGAAGCAUCUGAGGUAUCUGAACUUGAGUGGUACUCAAAUAAAAAAACUCCCCAAGUCAAUUUGCAGUUUGUGGAAUCUGCAGGUUUUGAUUUUGAGUUAUUGUUGGAAUCUCAGGAAGUUGCCUAAACGCAUGAAUCACCUUAAAGGUCUACAAGAAUUAAUGUUAGAUGGCUGCAGUUCGUUAACUAGCAUGCCCCCUGGUAUUGGUCAAUUAACUUCUCUGAGGAUCUUGACUCGCUACAUUGUUGGCAAAGACCCAGGCCUUCAAAUCAGUGAACUAGGGCGCUUGAACCUGCAAAAUAAUCUAACUAUAGAGCAUUUGGAGAGAAUCAGAAGAGUAAUAGAUGCCAAAGAAGCAAAUUUGGUAAGCAAGAAGCUGAAAGAGUUAUCUUUGUCAUGGGAUGCCAACAUUGAAUCAAGCACGAAAGAAAAUGCUGAGCAGAUGCUUGAAGCCCUUGAACCACAUGCAAAACUCUCAAGUCUGCAUGUAGAGGGAUAUAGAGGUGCCUAUAUGGCACAAUGGAUGAGUAACCCUAGUUUUGAACACUUGUUUUCAAUGAACCUUGUAAGUUGCCAUAACUGUCUAGAACUCCCACGACUGGGGAAACUCCCAUCUCUGAAGCAUCUAAGAUUAUCUGGUAUGUAUCGGAUUCCAUGCAUCAACAAUGAAACCAACAACAGAGUAAAGGCUUUCCCAUCACUUGAAAGUCUUGAGCUCUGUGAUCUAGUAAACUUGGAAUAUCUGUGCGAAGAUAACAUAGGAGGGAAUUUUCCAUGUCUUUCUAGGAUGUUCAUUUCUCGGUGCCCCAAGUUGGCCUUGCCUGUUCUUCCAUCUGUCAAAGAUCUAGUUCUAAUUGACUGCAAGGAAGUGUCUUUGAGCUCAAUCUACAAUCUCUACAAUCUAAGAUUCCUUCAAAUUUCUGCUUCCCAAGAACUGACCACAUUCCCACCGAGGAUGUUGAGAGGCCUUAGAGAUUUAGAGCAGUUAAACAUCACUUACUGCUCUGAACUGGAAUCAUUUCCAGGGCAAAUGUUAGAAGGUCUGCACUGUCUCCGAGCAAUCAAGAUUGAUUCUUGCCAGAAGCUGAAGUCUUUGUGGGAAGGUUUUGAGGACCUUUCUUCGCUAGAAACUUUGGAAAUCAUAGAAUGUAGGGAACUAGCAGCAUUGCCAAAUGGUAUCAUUCACCUUACAUCUUUACAACGUUUAGUCAUAACUUCCUAUGUGGGUGGAGCCAUGGGCGCUAUGAUUCCUGUUAAGUUGGAAACAUUACCAGAGCCAUUAGGACACAUUUCUUCACUGCAAUAUCUCAAGAUAAGUGCACUUCAAAAUUUGGCAUCUUUACCUGAAUUGGGAAACCUUGUAUCUCUUCGAACCUUAGAGGUUAGUCACUGCCCAAAGUUGCUAUCUCUUCCUGCAAGUAUUCAACGACUCGCCAACUUGCUGGAGUUGAAGUUAAAGAGUUUGCGAAAUCUUGCAUCCCUGCCUAAUGAGUUGGAGGGCCUUGCUUCUCUGGAAAUGUUACUUGUUGAAGAUUGUCCAAAUUUGCCUUCCCUUCCCAUGAGCAUUCAAAGCCUCCCCAAUUUGAAGAGUUUGGCUAUAGCGGAUUGCCCUGAACUACAGAGGAGAUAUAAGAAGGAAACAGGAGAAUAUUGGCACAAGAUAGCACACAUCCCUUGUGUUAAGUUUUAUCCCAAAGCUAGACCCCCCAAGACCAAGAGGCGCGAAUAG